AUGUCGCCGCCGCCGCCGCCGCCGCAGCAGCAGCAGCUGCUACAUAUCAAUUGGCUCCCGGCAGAGAUCCUCCAUCACAUUUUUUCGGGUCUCGAGCCCCGCGACCUCGGACGUCUGCCCCGCACAUGUCGAUUCCUGCACUCCUACGUGAAGGGGAACCAGAAACUUUGCAAGGACGUGUAUUUGAAUGCUCUUGACACACCUAAACAGAAUGGAUUGGAUUGGGAGAGGGAACUGCACGAUUUCGUGAGACUCGGCCGCGUUUGUGCCAGUGACAGUGUGAACGAAAAGUCCCGCGACGACCUCCCAUUCGUAUCCGACGUCGUCACCAGGCUGCUACAACAUGCCUCCCCAACAGGCGAGACGCAAAACGACACAGGCACCCACGCCGUCUCCCGCAACGCCGCCGCCCUAGCCAACAUCUUCCGCGACGAGCCCGCGCGGGUGGCCUUCUUGUGCCGCUCCUCCAUCUUUGACCGCGCGCGCGGCGAUAUAGCACGCUCGACGAGCAGUCGCCGUCCGCAAUCAUCAGCAUCUUCGGCAUCCUCCUCUUCCUCCUCCUCUGCCUCCGCCUCCGCCUCCGCCUCCAGGACGAACCCAAACGCCGCCGACGACCUCCACCAGCAGAGCGCAAAGCUCCACUGCCUCUACGGCCGCCCCAUCUUCAACUUUGGCCGCACGCGGUCGUCGCGGGUCUACCCCUACGCCGCGUGUAAAGUCUACGACAUGCGGCAGUACACGACGCGCACGAAAUGGGGCCCCUUUCGGGACGACAAUUCCGGCAGGGUGGAUUGGGAAAAGAUGGAGGCCAUCAUGAUCGUGAUGGGCAGCAACAUCAAGUCGCAGCGCCUUACGGCCAAAGUGUUUUCCAACCUGUGGGAGAAGCCGUUUGCGGGGUCGUGGUCGGGGAGUUAUGUCCCCUCGCCGGGCAGGGGCAUUCGGGAUUUGGAUUUGGAGGAUCCGUAUGGUGUUGCGGGGACGUGGUUGCGGGUUGUUUGUUUCAUUGACUAUAAUGACUUUUUUCAUUAUAAUUUUCCUGUUGGGGAGACGGUGCCGCCUGUGGAGGUGCAGCGGCCGCCGCUUGAUGUUGGGGAGGCGACGAGGAUUAUCUUGAUGAAGAUGCAUGUUGUUGAUGUGCAGCCGCCGGGGGAGGAGGAUGGUAAGGAGCUGCCUGUGGUGCAUUUUCAUGGGUUGUCAAGGUCGGUUGAUGAUUCGUGGGAUGAGAAUGCGCAUUCUCAACUUCGUGGUACGGUCCGGAUGACCAAGGAGGGCGAGGUGAGGUGGACGACGUUCUCCGUCUUCAACGGCCACGCGCGGUGGCGGAGCGAGGGGAUCCAGAUUGGUGGUGUAGGGUCGGCUCGCGGUGUCAUGGGACACUGGUUCGAUACAGACUUCGAUCCCCACGGCCCUUGCGGACCCAGCGCCUACUUCAAGGUCUCCGACCGGGCUCCGGGCCCCAAGGACGGCGACGAUAAGAAGAUUGACAUUCACGAUUUCCUGCCCAUCAUGGACUUUGACGCGGAGCUGGCCAGCAACGAGGAUGAUGAUGAGGACUUUGUGGUUGGGGAGUGGGGGGAGGACGAUGAUGAUGAUGGGGACAUUGAUGACGAGGAGCUGGUGGAGGAUAUAGCAGCGUUGGCGGCGCCGGAUCUUGAGAUUAUGGAUCUUGUGCUGAAUGGGCAUCAUCUUAUAGAGCAGUGA